CCUCCUCCUCCUUCUCUUUCACGCUCUCACGGGAUUUCUCUCUCUCUAAUUUGUGCCACAGCUGAGAUCUCUCUCUCUCUCUCUCUCUCUCUCUCUCUAUGCAUCCACCUGUCUCCGCGAUUUGAUGGACAAGAAGAAGCUGCCACACCGAAGCCUAUUCAAUUUCUCCGAUCAUCCACCGACUUAUUAACUCUUUGUAUAACCUCUACAAUAUCUCCUAACCGAGAAGAAGCACUUCUCUUUGCUUCUCCUUUCUUCUUUCUUCGCCUUUUUCUACUCUUUCUCUCUCUCUCUCUCUGUCUCUCUGUCUUACUUUUUUCUUCUGUUUGGUAAUCGGAUGGCGCGAAAUCUGCGAUGGGUUCUGCUUAUUGUUGCGGUCUCAUAUCUUGUCUCUUCACUUGAAGCGAGUGAAGGAGACGCUGAUCCUCUUUACAAGUCAUGUGUUGAUCAGUGUCAGAAAACUGGAUGCGUGGGGGAUAAUUGCUUCCAGCACUGUAAAUUUUCAGCUGAUGGAAAAGCCAUUGACGGUCCUUGGUACAUGCAAGAGCCACUUUACCUGCGAUGGAAACAAUGGGAUUGCCAAAGUGAUUGCCAGUACGAGUGCAUGAUGACUAGAGAAGAAGAGAGAAGAAGAAACGGAGAAAAACCUACCAAGUAUUUCGGUAAAUGGCCACUCAAACAUGUCUAUGGAAUUCAGGAACCUGUCUCUGUUGCUUUCUCUGCUCUCGACCUUGCCAUACAGUUUCAUGGAUGGGUCUCAUAUUUCAUCCUCGUUUACUAUAACUUGCCUCUCCAGCCAAACCGGAAAACUUACUACGAGUACAACGGAUUAUUGCAUAUCUAUGCCACCAUUGUAAUGAAUUCACUCUUCUGGAGUGGUGUCUGUCACAGCAGAGAUGUUGAAUUGACAGAGAGGCUAGAUUACUCCUCAGCUACACUAUUAGCCGGAUAUUCCCUUAUUCUAGCAAUAUUCAGGUCUUUCAGUAUACACGACCAGUCUGCCAAAAUCAUGGUUACUGUACCUAUUCUUGCAGUUGUGGCAACUCAUAUUCUCUACCUCAAUUUCUACAACCUCGAUGAAGGGCUUCACCGGAAAGUUAUAUUCGGAAUAGGAGCAGUAGAGAUAGUGGUGUGGGGAUUAUGGGCGGCUCUAACGUCGCAUCCAUCGAAGUGGAAGCUAAGAGCUUUCUUUGUCUCGAGCAUAUUCAUAAUGUGUAUUAGAAUGCUUGAUUUCCCUCCGUACAAAGGCUACGUCGAUGCUCACGCUCUUUGGCGAGCUGCAGGGAUCCCUCUCUCUUACCUUUGGUGGAGUUUUGUCCGUGAUGACGCGGUUUUCAGAACCACCGUUCAUCUCAAGAAAUCAAAGUGAUGAAAAUGGUUCAAAAGUCUUUAUCUUUCUCUCUCUUUUUUCCGGCGAGUUUCUUUCUCCGGUGUUCAGAAAAGUUGCUUUUUUUAGGUGUGUUUUCGCAGAAGAAGCAAUGUUUUGCUCUUCUGUGCUGAAUCUUGUUAGCGUUUUCGGGUCUUUCCUCUCUUUCUCUUUUUGUGUUAUUUUUUUUGUUUGUUUGUUUUGAUUUUUUUUUUUUCUCUCAAGGCUCGUCGGCCGGAGAGUUUUACCGUCGGGGAGGAAUUGACCUUUUAGGAUCACCAGUUUGUUGCUUUUGUACAAUUUAUGAUGAUGACUCAUAAAAAGAUCCUUUUUCAUUUUUCUCAAUGUAAAAAAAAUAUGUUCUAUUUAUCUGUUUGCUUUCCCUU